AUGUACGGUAAUAUUAUAAAUAUACUAUCACUGGCAGCAAUUCGUACAUAUAGGGAUACAUGUAGAAAAAAGGGAGGUUACGUGACGGGGUGGAAUAAGCACGUCGCGGGCCCACAUCGGGAGGCGCGGCUUAAAUUUCAAGAGUGGAUGAUGGCUGGGCAGCCGUCCAGGGGUCGCGUAUUUGAAGAGAUGUCAGAAUCUAGAAAGCAUUUUAAAGCCAAAUUAAAGUGGUGUCAAAACAGACAAGAACAGCUAAAGAUGGAUAUUAUUGCGACAAAUCACUCUUCUAAAGACUUUAAAAGCUUCUGGAAGAACACAAACAAAAUGCAUGUUAAGCCAAGUCUUCCAGUGAGUGUUGGGGGUGCUUAUGAUCACAAGGAUAUUGCGGAUGCAUUCAGAUGUAACUUUACUGUAAGGUCACCCUUAAAUGUCGUUUCAGGUUUGAAUUUGAGCGAGGCUGAGACUAUCAUGAUAGAACGAAAUGAAAAGAUACCUGCAAAAAAAAUAGAAAAAAUAAUUAAAGAGAUGGUAAGAGGAAAAUCGCCUGGUUAUGAUGGUCUCAGCAUCGAACACUUCAGAUAUGCUGGGGUGCAUCUUCCGCGAGUCCUUUCACUGUUUUACAGCCUGUGUUUGGGUCACUCUUACUUACCCGAGCCACUGAUGAGGACUAUUGUAGUACCCAUUGUUAAAAAUAAAACUGGGGACACAUCCGACAUGGGUAAUUACCGACCUAUCUCGCUUGCAACCACUGCAGCCAAGGUGUUUGAUAGUCUGUUAAAUGAGUGUCUCAACAAAUACGUACUAAUAAACGAUGCACAAUUUGGGUUUAAGCCGAAUUUAUCGACGGAGAGUGCCAUUUACUGUCUGAAACACACUGUCAAAUACUACACCGUAAGGCGGACGCCGGUGUACGCGUGUUUCCUCGACUUAUCGAAAGCUUUUGACCUGGUCUCAUACGACAUCCUGUGGGGCAAGUUGAGGGACGCGGGUGUGCCGGCGGAGUACACGGCUCUUCUAAGAUACUGGUAUGCUAACCAGCGUAACCAGGUGAGGUGGGUUGGAGCUCUGUCGGAAGAAUACAGGCUGGAAUGCGGUGUAAGGCAGGGUGGCUUAAGCUCUCCACUCUUGUUCAACCUGUAUGUAAACCAACUGAUUGAACGACUUAGCAGCACACAUGUUGGCUGCCACAUCGAUGACAUAUGUGUCAACAACAUAAGCUAUGCUGACGACAUGGUGCUGCUCAGUCCUUCUAUAGCAGGUCUGAGGAAACUGCUUUCUAUCUGCGAGACAUAUGCGGAGGAGCAGGGCCUUAAAUACAACUCAAAAAAGAGUGAAAUAUUAGUAUUUAAGGCACCGCAACGGAAGCCACGACAUGUGCCACCCGUAUGUCUCGAUGGUUUACCUCUGAAAGUCGUACAGAAGUUCAAAUAUCUGGGUCAUAUUGUUACGAGCGACCUAGGAGAUGAUGAGGAUAUUGAGCGAGAGCGCAGAGCGUUGUCGGUAAGGGGCAAUAUGCUUGCCCGCAGAUUCGCCCGGUGCACUGCAGACGUGAAAGUAACUUUAUUUAAAGCGUUCUGUCAGUCUUUCUAUACCGGUGGUCUGUGGGUGACUUAUACACGCCGGACCUACAGCGCCCUGCGUGUACAAUAUAAUAACGCUUUUAGAAUGCUGUUGAGGCUGCCGUGGAGCUGUAGUGCAUCUAAAAUGUUCGCAGACGCACACACUAAUGACUUUUUCGCCAUAAUGCGUAGAAAAGCAGCGUCUCUCCUGCAGCGCUUACGUACCAGCAACAACGGCAUCCUAAGGGUAAUUGCUGCCAGGCCCGACUGCCCCAUACUGCACCACUGUAUGACGGUAGCUAUUGGGCGAAAAAAAAAUAAUUUGUACAUAAUUCACAUUACUACUACACUAACAAUACUAACUUACAAGUUAAGAAAAAAUUGUUACUAA